UACUUCAACUUUCCCAAGCAGUAAACUGUGAAUCUCAGCGGAAGAAAUGGAAACAGUAGGCGAAGUCAUGACAAGGUUGAAGGCAACGACAAAGAGUUCGCUGAAUUUUUUAUUCUCAGUGUAUUUGCUUCUGCUUGUGACCAGUGUGUACAGCGCGGUAUCGUCUGAUGCUUCCAGUGCUGGUGUGUCUUCAACUACUACAACAAUGCAUACUAACAACUGGGCAGUUUUAGUCUGUACCUCCCGCUUCUGGUUUAACUACCGUCACAUGGCUAACACUCUGUCUUUAUACAGAACUGUAAAACGGUUAGGCAUACCAGAUGAAAGAAUUAUUUUGAUGCUGGCUGAUGAUAUGGCUUGUAAUCCACGGAACAAAUACCCUGCUCAAGUCUUUAAUAAUGAAAACCACAGGCUUAACUUAUAUGGAGAUAAUGUUGAGGUGGAUUAUCGAGGAUAUGAAGUAACUGUAGAGAACUUCUUCAGGGUCCUAACGGGCCGUCAUGAAGCUGCUGUCCCCAGGUCAAAACGCCUUUUAAGCGAUGAAGGAAGUCACAUACUUGUGUAUAUGACUGGGCAUGGUGGAGACGAGUUCUUAAAAUUUCAGGAUUCAGAGGAGCUUCAGAGUCAUGAUUUAGCUGAUGCAGUGAAACAAAUGAAAGAAAAGCGUAGAUUCAAGGAGCUGUUAAUAAUGGUUGAUACAUGCCAAGCUGCUACACUUUUCUCUCAGCUUCAUUCAUCUGGUGUUGUGGCUAUUGGAAGUAGCAAAAAAGGAGAAAAUUCAUAUUCACACCACUUAGACUCUGAUGUUGGCGUCUCAGUUAUAGAUCGAUUCACAUUUUAUACCCUUGCCUUUUUUGAGAGGGUGAAUAUGUAUAGCAAUGCCUCAUUAAACAGUCUCUUCAAUUCAUAUAAAUCACAUUUGUUGAUGUCAACGGCAUAUUAUCGAACUGAUCUAUACCCACGUCAACUGGAGGAGGUGCCUGUGACGAACUUCUUUGGUUCAGUCAUGGAGACAAUUCACACCGAUUAUGCAUAUAAAGCUUCCUAUACAGUAAGGGCUACCAUCGAGAAGCCAUCAGAUCAAUACAUGCGAAGAACACCUUCUAGUUCUGAUGAUCAGGAGAAAAGUACUGAAUCAAUUACUGAGGUAAUUUGUCCUUUCACACAAUUUUUGGGUUCUAUCUACACCAAAGUGGAAAGGGUAAAGGAUGUGGAUAGCCUGAUAGUGUAUGCACUGGCAUUAAUGCUCCCCUUGGUGGCAGUUUCAUCUUGGGUAUCUCAUUGAGAAUCAAAUCAGAAUUAGAAGUUCCAAGAAAAGCUUCAAAAGCAGUUGUUUUUUGAGAAUGAAGAUGAUGAACCCUAAUGGAAUCUGUCACGGUAUGAGAAACUGAAUUCUCAGAGAAGUUGGUGAUAUGAAGAAUACAAAAUUUCUAUUUAAUGGUUAUCUAAUUUGUAGAAACACAAAACUCUAUGUCGCCCUUUCUUUGCUUGUAAUUCUACAGGGAAACCUUUUUGGUUCUCAAUUUGUUGGGUAUUGUGCCCCAUUUGACUUACUGUUGACCGGUGGUUAUGCUGGUUAAUGAAAUGAGAGAUCAAAUUGCUCGCCUUGCUUAAUACAAUUGAAAGAGCUUAACUACAUAAUAUACGGA